AAAACGAUUUGGAAACGGAACAGUUUGCUCCCAGAGUGUUUUGUUGAUGUUUAAAUUAUUGGCUUUUCGCUCUAAAGAUAUUUUUGGAUAUGUUUAGAUGUGUUUAAAUUUCUUAAACGUUUUUUAAUACGAAUAUAUCAGAUGAGGAAUAAAUAUUUAUUUGAGCACUUAUAAUGAAGGAUCAGAGAUAAAAAAUUGCGUUUGGAAUAUAAAAUAUACAUUCUCCAUACAAAAGUUCAUCCAAUAUAGACAAACAAGUUCUAUUCAUAUUCUCCUUUUGUGGAAAUGUGUCUUUAAUAUUAAAAAUUUUUAAAUCAAAUAAAAAUGCUGGUGCUAAGUAUAUAUAUUUGGUUUAUAGUUUGGCCAAUGCAAUCAUUGUUUGCAAACAUUGUACAUUCUUGUCCUGUUAUUUGUCAGUGUAAAACUGCUUCAGACAAUAGCUCCAGUAUACGAGUUAAAUGCGGUGGUAUUACAGAAGCACCUAUCUCCAAUUGGGAAGGACUACAUUUUUCUGAAAUAGGACAACAUAUGAUUUCUCUUGAUUUGAGCAAUAAUGCUUUUACAACCAUCCAAAGUGAAAAUUUUAUUAAUUUAACUCAACUAAAACGGUUAGAUUUGUCAUCGAAUCUGUUGCGAAAGAUUGAUAAGGACACAUUUGGGGGAUUAUUACCCAAUUUGGAACGUUUAAAACUGAGUUACAACGCUAUUAGUCAUAUAUUUUCAGGUUCCUUUGAAUUUAUGUCAAAUUUGAAGUAUCUAGAUAUUUCGAAUAACCCACUUGUGUGCAAUUGUGAUUUAGUUUGGAUCUUGGCGUGGACAACUGAUCGCGUCAUAAAACUUCAGCCUUCCCCUAAGUGCGACUCGCCUGUAUAUUUUAAAGGUUCACUAUUGAAAAAACUUAAGGUUGGCGUAGAUUUGCAUUGUGAAUCUCGUUUGCAAACAUUUCUGGAACUAAUACCAUCAAAGAAUCAGAUUGUUUUUGAAGGAGAUGAACUUGUACUAAAAUGUCGAGCACCUCGUGUUGCCAUAGAAGUAGCGCGAGAAUCAGAAGACAUUCCGUCAACACGUGCUCAUAUCUUUUGGGGCUGGACCGAGAAAAUUCGUCGCUCUAAUUCUACUGAAGAUAUAGUUUACAAUGACCCAGAGAAAAGUUUUACCGAUGUAAAUAUCUCAACAAGACACAUCUCUGACUCUGGGAUACUUAAUUCUAUUCUUAAAAUUGGACAAAUCACCAAAAACCAUUCUGGAAUGUGGGAUUGCACGUUAAAUUCACAACAAGCUAAUUUAUCUAAAGCAAUUGCUGUAGUGGUCAUAGCAAAAGACACUAUGUAUUGUAAUGCAACAGUGGUUCGUACUAAUAAAGGGACUUAUUACUGGCCCCAAGCUGUACGAGGUGAACUUGUUAGCCAGGCGUGUGCAGAAAGCCAAGAUGAAAGGCUCAUAGUAACAUAUAAUUGUAAUGCAAAUGGAAAAUGGGAGAACUUGGAAACAAAUUCUUGUCCUUUUGUGAGAGAAACUACAAGAAUUUUGGAGCAAUUUUCAAAAAUGAAUUUGACUUUAACAAAAAACAAUGCAUUCGAAAUAGCUGAACGGCUACAAAAUUUUACAUAUACUCAAAUAUAUUUGAAUAAUAUUAAGGAUCCCAUGGAUUUGGAGUUUAUUGCACGAACUUUGAAUAAGUAUUUGGACUACAUUACAUAUAAACAAGAUAUUUCAUACUUAUUGCUAAGUAUAGUAUCCUAUCUUUUACUGUUACCAAAAGGACUCUUUGAGGAAGCGCAAGUUAAGUUUGAAACUAGCCUUAAUCUGUUGAAUAUAAUUGAAAUAGCGUCAGCUCAUAUGCCCUCUUUACCACCCGCAUCUCAAGACAUCACUAAAGAUCCGUGGUCCAUUCCCAGAAAUAUUUUCGUGAACUUUUUUAAUAUACAUGUAGAUUCAUUUACUGGUAUAUCAUGCACCUGGUUAAAUAGUGUCAAUAACUUGGAUCACCGCAACUUUGAAUGCAGCACUUCCAACGAUACGUUCCCAAUAUUUGAGAGAUAUAUCGAUGCGGCUAUACAAAUACCUGUAAAUUCUUUGUUCGAUAAAUCUGAAAAAUCAAUUCGACUAAUGGUUGCACUUUUUCGCAAUGGAAACCUGUUUAGCUUUAUGGGGAAAAAUAUCAGCUUUCCAGAGGUAAAAAACUUGCUGCUCACAUCUGCCAUAAUUGGAGCUAAAAUAUCUAAAGAAUCAAUUGAGUCCCAACCAUUAGUCGAUAUAAGCGAUAAAAUAUUUAUAAUGUUACGAGUUCAUCCUUUUCACAAUGAAAUAAGUUCCCCCAUACCGGCAUUGUGGGACGAUGAUUUAAAUGAUUGGAACCCCCGGGAAUGUCGAAAGUUGUACUUCCACCGUGGUCUAUUGUUAUUUACUUGUAGUCGGUUAGGUUACUAUGGUCUUCUUCAACGCCGCGAAUACCUUAAUGACUAUGACACUGAAGGCUCUGGAGCUACAUUUAGAUUUGCACCUGUAAGCAUUUACAUAGGAAGUAUAGUAGUUUUCUUUUGUUCGUGGAUUAAUAUAACUACAUUUGUGGUUUUUCGCAAAGCAAUACGAAUGAAUCGACAGCAAAGACACUCACUGGUGAACAUAUGGCUAGCUAUUUCAUCCUUAUCAGCCGUAUUUGUACUUGGUAUAUAUCAAACAGAAUAUCCUCAUAUUUGCCGGAUAAUUGGAAUUUUAUUGCAUUACUUUUCUCUAUCUGUUUUGUUAUGGCUGUGCGUCUGUCUAAGCAAUUUGUACAAAGGUUUAUCCAAAACUUAUCGAGUGGCCUCUGAACCUGACGUGCCCAAGGAAAUUAAAUUAAAAAAACCCAUACUUAGUAUAUACUUGGUUGGAUGGGGAAUUGGAAUGAUAAUUUGUGGUAUAUCGAGCGCAGUUAACGUCAAUGAAUACGCAUCAUACUCAUUUUGUUUUCUACAUAACUCAUCGUCGUUAAAUGCUUUAUUUGUUCCAGCAAUAAUACUUUCAAUAUUUCUUGUUAUACUUAUGCUAUGUAUUUAUUGUCACAUGUCUCAGAGAGCGGUAAAUGUGCUGGCAAAUAAACAUUUCGCCGAUAACACAAUGGCAACAGAAAAUAUUGAUUUAGACUGGCUAGACUUAAAGCAAGGCACAGUGUCACGCGUUAAUCAUAAUUCAACAGGUAUCGACCAAUACAGGAGUCUUACUCUUAGUAAUCCAGUAAGCAGUAUAGUUGAUGACUUCGAAAGAUCGAAUAUAACACAUUUGCGAGCUCAUUUGUUAUUUUUGAUCCUAUUCAUUGUAUCCUGGAUAUCAGCGGCAAUGUUUGUCUAUCAAAGUUCGGAAAACUUGACAGCUAAUCGAAUGUACAGUAUGGUUUUUGCGGUAUCCUGCUGUUUGCUGGGAUUAUUUUUAAUUCUAUUUUACACAUUGUCUAGAAAUGACACAAGAAGUGCUUGGGGCAGGAGAUUUUGUUUAACAAAUGCCAACUGUAAGGGCUAUCAACAGAAUUACUAUGACACAAAUGUGCCUACUACUGUGCCGGCAAACAAAACUUCAGCCGUGUAUGACGUAAGUAUGUCCGGUUCACGAACUAAUAGUCAAUGUUCAAGGCAUCGCAGCAGCAGUGUUCGUAGUAUGAAAAGUAACUCACAUAAAAACGAACACAUUUUACAAAAUCUCGAUUGUCCUUUACUCGGCACAGUCUCGUCAAAUGUAAAUCAAACGUCUGUCAUCAACAAUCACCAUAUAGCUGCGAACAGUCUAAACACUGUCCCUAUAACUAGCGAAAUACCAAGUGCUGAGAUAUUCUAUAAUCCCAAUCAAAUAAUAGUGGCAAGAAAGUUUUUUAAGAAACAAAAGCGCUUGGCGAAACGAAAUAACUUUGAACUUCAACGGCAAGUAGAGCGCGUUGAAUAUUUGGACAACGUUAGUGACAUCUCAUCUUUAACAGGAAGUGAAAAUACACACAUCUAUUCAAAGCGACACAACGCCAUUACUCUCUUAAGAGGUGGUAGCAAAGUGAACAAUACGAAUAUCUAUUACAAAUCGAACGCUUAUACAAAUCCUGGAUCCAAGUCGCCACAUUAUACAUCGAUGGAAAAUUAUCAAGACGGGAUGGUUAUGUCUAGAUUAAACUCGAAUUCUUCUGGACAACAUCGUCCCUGUCCAUCCGAUUUUGUCGCAAACAUCUAUACUAAUAUACCUGAGACAAAGGAACCUAAGCACGAAAUUAUAAAGGUUAGGAACUCCAAUCGACCCAAUAAACCCAGUUGUGUUGAGACUCUAAGCGAACAUGAGGAAGAAAUUGAAAAUGAAGAUGACACUUUGGAUGAACAAAAGGUUCCGUUAUAUCAAAAUGCAUUGGCAGUUUCCGAAUCAAUUUUGCUUUCAGAAAAGAAGGAAUUGUCCAAGAAUCCUAGCCCAUUAAAGACUUCGUCAUCAUUAAUGGAGAAUAACGAUGUUGAUGCAAUGAACAAUGUGGGUUUACCAAGCGUUACAAAUUAUGAAGAGAAUAAACCAACUGAGAUACUUGAUUUAAAGCCAGACGAGAUUUAUAUAUCAAACGCACUACACAUUACAAACCAAGUUAAUAUUGACGAAUUCUCUAUGGCGGGGAUUUUAAUUAGACACAACCCAAAACAUUCCAAGUCACUCAAUAAUCUACAUGAUUCUGUUAGUCCUUCAAACAGAUUUUUGAAAGACGAACGUUCAAAAAAUUCAUCGAUUCUUAGUUUGGAGAAUGGUAAAGUGGGAUCCUGGAACGGAAGUUCUUUAAGUGUGCCCUAUUUUAUUAGUGAGAACAGGACACCGAAAUGUCGUAAACUGAAACAAACUGAUUUUACUGAUAAAUAUGAGUCUGCCAGCGAAAGUAAUGUUUUCAGUAUACCACAUUCAAAUACCGCACAUUCGGUUAGUCCGACAAAUGAAAGUGAUUUGAAUUACCAGAAUUCUGAAAUUAGCAUACGAAGUCAUGGUUUAUAUGAACCACAGCCAGACAACGACUUAAACAUUACAUUAACCGAAGAGUUUCCCUAUCAUUCAUCAAACACUAGCGACACAGAAGAUCCUCUAAAUGAUUUUGAUGACGAAAAUCUGAAAAGUGAUUACACAUUGGCACAUCGAAUGAGUGAAAAUGAUCCAUCAAUUGAUGAACUUUAUGAAGCAAUUAAACAUCAUCACACACCCAACUUUACUACAAGCAUAGAUGCAAGCAACAAUUUAAAACAUAUGGAUACUGAUACCGAGAUAACGUCAAUUCCGUUUGCCGCAUCUUCAUCUCAACCGAAAUCCACAAGCUUUUCCUCAUAUAGCUUGAUAGCGAAACCGCUAUUAGAAGGAUCUCAUGACGCAGUUGAGGAUGACAGUAGUCAAAGUAGUAUAAUUUCAUAUAUCGACCAAAAAGUUAAGAAAAGCUAGGAAUUAAUUACCAACUAAAUUAUAACUUUGGCCGAAUCAAGCAAUACUAUUUUCCUAUAUUCCUACUAAAGUUUAUCACGCAUGUACAUAUAUGUAUGCACAUAUGUAUAUGGACACACUUAUUUAAUUUGCAACAAAUGCAACAAUUUUAAAUUUUUACUUCGCUAUGAUGUUGAUAAAUCCAGCGACUAUUCUCAUUAAAAGAGCGUGAAUACAAAUUUUAAUUAAAUCUUGCUGUGAUGAAUUAUUUUACAAGCUACCACAUGAGCUCUAAUUGAGCGUAAUUGACUCCACAAAUUUUACUAUAUUUAAUUAAAAAUCAUAGAGAAGAACUAUUUCGACACUUCAAAAACUAUUUUUUCCAUUUAUUUAAACUAAUUUUUAUUUUGGCAUUAGAUCAAAAUAGAGAACUGAAGGCAUACAAAGAAUAAUACGUUUUGCUAAGAAGACUUUCACUUUUCAUUUACUUCAUGUCUAUAAUAGUUUCAUGACAUUAUAUAUGUACAUCAUUGACUACCAGAUAUAGCAGAUAAGGUUGUCUAAUUUCAAAUAUUCAUGUUUUUAUGCCUGGUAAAACAAUAACUGUAAUGUUUUGGCACUAAAGCGUAAGAACGGGCAAUAACAUGCUAUAUCUCGAGGACAAGGAUAUAAGAUAUGUGUAGGUUAAAUAGUAGUUAUUAAAUGUAAAAAUAAAGUCUUAUAUAAUUUGUACAUUUUAACUUGUAUUACGGUUUUAUGUAAAUACUUUUAGGAGUAAAUAAAAAAUUUUUUAAAUAAUUA